GCGCGCGCCGGUACGUUUUCAGUAGGCCUGUGCUCAAGCAAAUUGACUUUGUCACACCACACCUAACAUUAACAUUCGUGUGGGUGGGUUCGGGGGUAGCAACGCCGAGACACCGGCCGGCCUGGCAGAAAACGGACCGCCCUUUGAGGUACAAAAAUUGCUGAUGUGCUGAAGUAGUUUUCACGUGCCUUCAUUACUUCACUUGGACAGACUCAAAGAUAGAAGCGCAACUUCAGUAAAGUUGCUCUUUUUCCUCGACCUUGUGACAACACUGCACCACCUGCCAUAGAGAGAGAUGGCCACGGCUACUGAGACUGUCAAGGACUUCUUGGACGAAGCAUGGAAACUGCGAGAUCCCAGGACCAGAGACUGGUUCAUGCUGGCCUCCCCAUGGCCCAAUGUGUACCUGACCGUGCUGUACUGCCUCAUGGUGUGGCUGGGACCGAAGGUGAUGCGCAACAGACAGGCCUUCAGUCUCCGGACAGUCAUGAUCCUCUAUAACAUCUUCAUCACCGCGCUGUCUCUCUGGAUGUUCAAAGAGAUUCUGUUGAGUGCCCUGAACAUGGGAUACAACUGGACAUGCGCACUGAAGAGGCCUGAGGACCCCGAGGACAUCAGGAUGGCCAACGUCCUCUGGUGGUACUACUUCUCAAAGGCAAUCGAGUUUCUUGACACGUUGUUCUUCAUCCUGAGGAAGAAUAACCACCAGAUCACGUUCCUGCACGUGUACCACCACGUCUCCAUGUUCAACAUCUGGUGGGUGGUGCUGAACUGGGGAGCGACCGGACAAGCGUUCUUCGGUCCGCUGGCUAACUCGUUCGUGCACGUCAUCAUGUACACGUACUACUGCCUGUCCGCCAUCCCGGCCCUCAGACCAUACCUGUGGUGGAAGAGAUACAUCACCAAACUCCAACUGCUGCAAUUCUUCAUCGUGAUCUUCCACACCUAUAGAGCCAUCUACUACAAGUGUGGUUACAUCCUGUGGCUGCAGUACUUCCUAGGCUUCUACAUGUUGUCCCUGGUAGCCCUUUUCUCCAACUUUUACAUGCAGUCCUACGUCAAGAAGAGGUCUUCCUCCAAAGACCAGAAGGACAUGGAUAAGAACAAGAACGUGUACCAGAACGGCGCGAAAGCUGUUGAUGGGAAGGUCCAUGAAAACAACGGGGUACGCAAUGGAGACGGCAUCAACAGAAGGGGGGCUAAGAAAGCAGAUUGAAGGGAUACUAUGUAAUACGUUUAUGUGCACUCGAGCAACUCUUUUAUAUUUUCAUUUGAUUUGAUUUGUCAAAAUUGCAACAUAUAUAUUCUGCUGAACGAGCUCAUUUUGUAUCCAAUUGAUUUGAAAUUUAACGUUACGUAUUUCUGUGCUUCCAAUUUGUUGAUCUUAUCUCUGACGAAUAUUUAGCAAAACUGUUUAGUUGCACAUGCUCUAUACAGUAACAGGCCAAUGUAACAUGCAAAAUAACUGAAGAAUGGCGCCGCAUUAUUUUGAUAUACCUGGUGGUGGUGUUGGGGAUUAGUUGAACUUUCUGAAGUUAUAUAUCUAGAGGCUGAAAAGAUAGAAGCUAGGAUCUCACUGUAUAGCAUUGACGUAGGAUUAGUUUCCGUAUCACGUUCGCUGUGGUAGCUAAUUUUCCUCGAAGGUACACGGAUUACAAUGGUGCACAAUGGUCGGUAACAUCUAGCCUGAAUGCCAGACAACACUGAAUCUCACUGAUGAUAUCUAUUGUGCGGGUCAAGGGGGGGGGGGGGGUUAAGGGCUGUUGUAGAAUUUCCUGUUUGCCCUGUGUAUGCCCUAGAACAGUGGACCCUCUGCGUGGGAGAAUAGUGAUAUCAGAUCACUUGACACUUGUUAAGAAGAAUAUCAUAAACGACAAAAGUUUAUACUUAGGCCACUCGGAUUCCCAGAUACUAGUAGCUUACGUUCAUCUAUACUGUUCAGAGUAAGUGUAAUAAAAUCAUCUCUAAAGCCAUCAUUUGAUAAGAAUUUAUUUAGGGUAAUAUCAGACGAAUUCUAUGUUUUUUUCAAUACGUUUUACUCAGAUGUUUGCCGUGUCUAUUUGUAACAAAUAUCAUGACUAAUAAUUUUUCUAGACAACGUCUGUUGAGACAACAAAUGUCUACGUACGAAGUUAGCACUCACUUCUGGUGUUGUAUCCUCCUCGAGAGCCACAAAAACUACAGUUAUGUUAUUAAGAGUUAGCUCUAUACUACUGCGAUAGCUGGACCAUUUCUACUUCUAAAAUGCACAGUGUAAGCACAGCUUUACAGAAUAAAGUAGGAUAAACAAAA